AUGGCUUAUGAGCCUCGUGGUGAGCAUGGUGAUCGAGGAGGUGGUGGCCAGGGCCAAGAUGGUUCCUAUAUGAAAGUCCGCGGUCGAAGGCCGGUAACGGACUACAGCGCCAGUGUCCUACACUGGAUGCGAGACCGCGCUCCCAACUAUCGAGGUGGCUACACCGGCGAGAGGGAACGCCCAAGCGCGAGCUACAUCGUGGAUAUGAUUCCACCAGCAGGGCGACCAGUAUUUCCCGCUGAUUCCAUCCCGGCCAAGCACCUGCACUCAUCACUGAACAAAAUCAAGCACCCUAUCAAUGUGGUUCGCUGGACUCCGGAAGGGCGCAGGUUACUUACAGCGUCAACAAGCGGUGAAUUUACCCUUUGGAAUGGCACCGGCUUCAACUUCGAGACGAUUAUGCAGGCUCAUGACUCCGCCAUUCGUGCCUUGGAGUACUCGCACAGCGAUGACUGGCUGAUUUCAGGCGACCACGACGGAGUUAUCAAGUACUGGCAGCCGAAUUUCAAUAACGUUAAAAGCAUCAAUGCUCAUACAGAUCCCAUCCGAGACCUUGCGUUUAGUCCCAAUGACUCCAAAUUCGUCACUGCCUCGGACGACUCUACCCUCAAAAUCUUUGACUUUGCUCUUGGUCAGGAGGAGCUAAAGCUUGAAGGCCACGGCUGGGAUGCCAAGUCCGUCGACUGGCACCCAACCAAAGGCCUGAUCAUUUCCGGUUCCAAGGACCACUUGGUCAAGCUUUGGGACCCUCGGACAGCGCGAAGCCUCACCACGCUUCACGGCCAUAAGAGCACCAUCACCAAGGUUUUGUUUGAGAAGAAGCUCGGCCGGUGCUUUGCCACGUCGGCCCGAGAUCAAACGGCUCGCGUCUUUGAUCUGCGAAUGAUGAGAGAUAUUGUUCUCUUAAAAGGCCACGAAAAAGACAUUUCAACUUUGACCUUCCACCCAAUUCAUGCCAACCUCCUUUCCACUGGUGGCAUGGACGGAUCACUCCACCACUAUAUGCUCGACACCCCGAACCCCCCAGCUGGCCAGCCUCUUACCGUCGCCCCUUACGACAGCCUCGACCCAGAAUCAACUCCAGCUCAAUCAGUUUGGCCCACGCACAAGGUCCCAUUUGCACACGACUACGCCAUCUGGUCUCUAGACUGGCACCCCCAGGGUCACAUUCUGGCAUCUGGCUCCAACGACCGUAUCACCCGAUUCUGGGGCCGUGCCCGACCUGGCGAGACUGAAAUCUUCCAGGACCGGUACCAUAUUGAGGAAGAGCAGCGCGAGCUAGAGGACGAGAUGGACGCUCUUGUCGAUCAGGAUGCCCCCAAACCUACCGUUCCUGGCUUGACUGGCGGCAUUCCAGGUCUGCCUCUAGGUGGAGGCACCGUCCCUGGCCUCGGCUCGAACAUACCACCGCCACCGGUUGCUCCUGGAGUCGGCGUUGGUGCAGUAGCUCCUCCUCCUCCGCCUCCGCCUUUUGGCAUCCCCGGCUUCAACGGGGCACCGCCGCCUCCGCUGCCCGGCCUGGAUCUCCACAACCCUCCAGACCCGGCAAAGCUUCUCGAGCUGAUGCAGCAAGCCGGCGUCCCCAUACCACCUCCAGGAUCUCUCCCACCAGGUCUGAUCCCGCCACCGGGAGGAAUUCCUCCUCCGCCGGGUAACUUCCAGCUACCCAUUCCUCCUCCACCGAUGAACCCUGCCGACAUGGAUCCGAACCGUCGACGUGCACCUCUUCCCAGUCAAGAAGAGAGUCUUCGCCAGGAGCAGCGUCACGGAAAAUACACCCGCGCCCGGUAG